UCGAGCCGAAACGAUUUGCGGUAAAAAUGGCCCACCAUUCAGACUAUUGGCCACCUGCGCCACAUUGUUCCGCCAGUCUGCGAUCUACCGGCGCUCCAGUCACCUCUUCUGGACGCUUUUGGCCAUCCUAGUCCAGCGAAACCGUCGACGAGUCCAUCCGGCCAACAUGCGUGACAAGAGCCAGGAGCCCUGCUGUCUGCCUCUCAAGGAGGAGUUCCAGCGGUCGAAGUUCUCUUUGUACUACGAUGAUCCUGGCGCCUUCUGUCGCUCCCAGUGGCAGAGGGGAGACAGGAAUCUGAUUUGGCUCCUGUACCGAUGGAUCCUGGCUGGUUUCUUUGCCGGUGGAGUGAUUGGCAGCAUGGUCUCGUCCUUCAACGGCGGGCGGUGGUUCAUUUACCUCACGGAUUGGGGCUUCAGUCUGUGCUUCUACUGCUGCACUUAUGGCGCUGUGAUAGCCACCAUAUACUUCAUCAAACCCUCCUACUUCGCUCCUGGCAGUUGGGCUUUGAGAAUCUAUUGGAUAUCCCAUUAUACAACUGUCGUCCUUGGAAUGUUGAUAACUCUAGUCUUCUGGGCUGCUCUUUAUCCUUCCAUGCCUGGAAUGGGAGCCGAGCUCUACAACCUAUGGGCUCAUGCCUUUAACUCGAUAUGCAUGAUCUUCGACUGUUUUAUGGUGGCAUUUCCCACUCGAAUCAUGCAUUUUGUUUACCCUUUCACCAUUGGCAUUUCCUACGGACUUUUCUCUUUGAUCUACUUCUGGGCUGGUGGUGUGGAUCCCAUGGGCAACCGCUUCAUAUACUUCAUUUUGGAUUGGGAGCGUCCUGGCCUGGCCAUAGGAAGUGUCUGCGGGUGCGUGGCUUUGGCCUUUGCUUUCUGCAUCUUGGUCUUUGGCUUCUAUAGAUGGCGUAUUGCGAUGCACAAAUGCUGUUUCAAACAGCCCGAAGAAAUUCCAGCCACCUCAGAACCACCAAAGGAACCAGCCCAAACGGUUUAAGGGAUAAGGGUUAGGCACUUUUUUUUAAAUCCUGACUUAGUCAUUGAGGGCUUUUAGAUUUCCUCUGGUUUUGAAAGGUGGAAUGUGAAUAUAUAUUAUGUAUAUACCAUCUUGUAUUGUUGGCCAAACUUAAUGUUGUACUCAUCCUUCAUAUUGAAAUGGAAGAUAUGUUAUAUUUUAAAUAAUUAUUUAUAUAAUUUUAUUAACUGCUGGACCUG